AUGCUCACUCUGGGGCUUGUCGAUGGGGAGCAGGAGCUCGUGGACGCUGACGUGUACAUGAUCAUGGAGAUCUGCGAUUCGGACCUGAAGAAGCUGAUCAAGCAGGAGCGGGGCCGACAGUCGGAGUCGGCAGCUGUACGGCUUUUGGAGCCGAGGCCAGCGCUGCGGGAACUGGAGUCACCUGUGCAGCUCGUGUCGCUGCAGGCGUUCGAGCGGGUGCGCCGCAGCCGCUGCCUCGCCCUCGCCCUCGCGCUCGGCUUCUGCCUGGCAGCCCCCGCGGCGGCCUUCGCCGCCCCGCCCCGCGGCGGCCCCGCCGGCACCACCCGGCCAUCCCGGGUCGGCCUGUGGGCCGCCAUGAAGAAGUCGAAGAGAGCCCGCGAUGCCACCGUCCGGCGGCUCACCCCGGUGGGGCAGGGCGCGGACGUGCACGUGAUCAUUUACAAGACUUUCAACAACAUUCACGUGCGUCUUGCCCUGAGAGGAGAAAGAGUCAUCUGGCAAACCAUGGAGAAGCUGUACGGCGCGACGCUCCCGAACACCAAUUUCGCGAUCGAGGCCGCGCUCUGCACCGCGGGUAAGCUCAGCAUCCCGAGGGUGUUCGUGCAGCUCAUGGGGCCCAACUCGACCGCCAUGCAGGGCACCAUCAUGACCAUAGGGAAUUUAGGAAUCGAGGACGUGACGCUGCUGCCGGUGCACGUGAACAACGUGCUCUACAGCCUGCUCGUCGGCCUCAACUACAUCCACUCGGCGGGCAUCUACCACCGCGACCUGAAGCCCGCCAACUGCUUUGUGAACCAGGACUGCACAGUCAAGAUCGGAGACUUCGGCCUCGCCCGCGCGAUCGGCGGGGAGACGACCAGCAGCACCUGA